AUGUUGCGCGCUUAUGUGCUUGAUUUAGGAGGAUCAUGGAGAAUUGAUGAACCUUGGCAUGAUUCAGGUGAUGGAAUUGUGACACAACUGGAUAAGUUUAUGCAUGGUUUGGAUAUGCAUAUUUUUGGUGAUAAAAAUGGGACAGUGCCUAGUUGUUAUCGACCCAUUUUGGAUGGGUCAGAUGGGACACAGAUAAGUAGGGAUGGGCUUGGUUUUGGUGAGGAAAUGUUGAACCAAAUUGUUGAUAGUGGGAAUGUUUUGCAUGAAAGAAAUGUGUCAAACUUUAGGCCUGUUGAAAAUGAAGAAUCCAAUGAAAAUAGUAGUGAAGAUGUUGAUUAUGAGGUUGGUCCAGACUAUGCCCAAAGUGAAGAUGAUUUGAAUGUGGGGGAUGCAGUUGAAAAUCACUUGAAAGGACUAGGGAAAAAACAUUUAGACAUUGACAUAGGGGAUGUGGCUGCUAAUGAUUAUGACAGUGACUUUAUUGCACAAGAUAGUUCUAGUGAGGAUGAAGAUGAGGUUGCUAAUGGCAGUAUGAAAAAGUUUCAUAAACAAAGCAAAAGGUUUAGAAAAACUAAGCUACUUGAGUUACCGAAGUUUAGGGCUGCCGUUGAUAUGGCAAAACCAGUUUUUAAACUUGGUUUAUCAUUUCCAAGUGGAGGAGUUUUUAAGCAAGCAGUUAGAGAGUCUACUAUUCAAAAUGGAAAGGAUAUUUGGUUAAAAAAUAAUGACCCACAUAGGAUUAGAGCACAAUGCAAGGGUGUGAACUGUCCUUGGGUGUGUUUUGCAUCUAAGAUUGAUGACAGUUUGACAUUUGUCAUCAAAAUAUAUGUUGGUGAGCACAAGUGCAGUAGAAAGAACACAAACAGGUUUGCAACUUCUAAGUGGUUAGGUCAAAAGUAUCUGAAUGAGUUCAAGAUGAAUGACAAAUGGGCUAUUUCAUCAUUCAUUCACAAGGUGAGUAAGGACCAUGUAAUUGAUAUCUCAAGAGAUACAGCAUACAGAGCUCGGCUGAAGGCAAUAAGAACAAUUGAAGGGAGUUAUGAAGAACAAUAUGAUGCUCUGUGGGAUUAUGAGGAGAUUAAAUGGACCAACAAAGGUUCAACUAUAGAAUUUAUGACAGACCCUGGAGAUAGUGGGAAGCCACGUUUCAAGCGAUUGUAUAUAUGUUAUGCUGGAUUGAAACAAGGCUUCAAUAAUGGAUGUAGACUAGUGAUUGGUUUGGAUGGUUGUCAUAUUAAAGGUGUACAUCCAGGACAACUCCUAAUGGCAGUGGGAAUAGAUGCAAACAACCAAAUGUAUCAUAUUGCCUUCGCUGUGGAUCUCAACAUUGAAAACUCAAACCGCUGGAGCUUUAUUACAGAUAAGCGAAAAGGUUUAGAACAAGCCUUAAAGGGUAUGUGGGAUAAGGGGAUACCUGAGGCCGAGCAUAGACAUUGUGCUAGGCAUUUGGAGAAGAAUUUUAACAAGGUAUUCAGGGAUAAAAUAUUGAAAGAUAUUUUAUGGAAGGCUGCAAGAGAGGUAAUUAUCAGGAGAUUUGAAGCUGCCAUGUCAGAGAUUAAAAUUGUGAAUAAGGACACCUUCAAUUGGUUAAUGGCUGUAGGUCCACAUCACUAG